AUGGCGUCCCAUCAGAUCGCCAUUGCAAAGGCUUCAUUCACGGCCAGUCUGCUACGUCCGGAUCCGACCUCCGUACAUCGAGAUGAGAUAGCCUCCUUCCACACUUUCCUCGAGCGCGCACUGUCGCAUUGCUCUGCAGAAAACAUCCAGACCUGCAAAGCAUGGUUGCUACAAUAUGUUGCUGCUUCAUCUAACCGCGUUGGGGGAUUGGCCAAGUACCUGGUAGCUUUAGCUACCUCCCUCGAACCACCCACUCAGCCCCAGCCCGCUCAGCCCACCUCAGCGAAGCGCCGACGACUCCACAUACUCUAUCUACUCAAUGAUCUGUUUCACCACUGCAAGUACCACCUAGGCACCACUGCAACCUUCUCUGCGGUGAGCGGGUCCUUGCAGCCACAUAUCGUGGAUUUGGUUGGCCAUGCCGCCGUCUACGAUCGCCAAAAGCACAACCGGCACCACAAGCGGCUAGAUGAUCUGCUUGACAUCUGGUCCGAGCACGGAUACUUUAACUCCGAGCUUGUUGAGAAGCUUCGGGAAGUGGUGACCAAUUCGGCCUCUUUGGGUGCCCCACCAUCCACUGAUGCUGCCGGUGAAGCAGACCAAGCCAAGAAACCCGGGAAAGAUGCUCCUUUUGUCAUGCCAUCUACCCAUGGAGAUUCAUCGACGCCCUUUUACGACCUCCCUGCGGGCAACCUCAUCCCUCACAUCAUCCCGAACUCGUCCAUUUCCAUCCGAUCAGAUGCUAUCAAACCGCUACAAUUGCAAGCAGGACCUGCAGAUGGAACACUAGUAAAAGCUCUCAAGGGCUUCUUGUGUCAGGUGGACAAUAUCUAUGGCACGGACGACCUUAUCAAGGAUGACAGGGACGCGGACAUCGAUGAACUGGGUCAGUCAGUCCUCCGGGAUGAAAUCACAGGCGAUAUCUUGGAUGGUGAAACAUAUUAUGGAUGGUCCCGUGCAUUCUGUCAACAAAUGAAGAGAGGAGGUCUCGAGGACUCUCGCAGUCGAAGUCGGAGCCGUAGUGGAACACGAACUAAUACCAAGCGCCGGCGCUACAGCGACAGCCUCUCCGACUCAACGACACCAAGUCGGUCCCGAUCGCGAUCAGUUAGGCGUCGACGCGUUGACUCGCGUGACAGAAGUCGCUCACCAAGACACUCACGCAGUCGAGAAAGCUCAUACACACCCCGCGAACCAUCCCCUACACACUUCCCCCCUUCUCACCAACCUCAACCUCAACCUCAACCCACUCCUGCACCCAUGAACUCCUUCCCCCCUCCUCAUAAUCCAAGUGGACAUGGCCAUUAUCCCCAGCCACCCAUGGGUCCUAAUGGCAGCUUUGUUCCCCCACCCCCACCAACCUACGGUGCUUGGCCUCCACCUCCCCCACCCAUGCCGGCCAUGCCCUAUCCCCCACCUGGUUCUGGAGCUCCUCCCUCUGCCUUCCCUCCCCCCUUCAAUAAUCCUCCUAUGCACAUGCCACUAGGACAAGGUCAGCCUAUGCCUCCUGGCCAGUAUCAUUUCCCUCCCCCUUAUUCGGGUGGCCAGCACGGUGGCCCGUGGGGCCCCCCUUCCCAAGGUGGACGAAGUUGGCGCUAA